AUGAAGGGCUCCUCCCACUCGCAGGCGGCGGGGGCGCAGGCGGGCCGGCGGCGGCGCUGGGGGUGGCUGCUGCCGCUCCUCGUAGGCGCCGCCUUCCUCGCCGAGAUCGCGUUCCUCGGCCGCCUCGACAUGGCGAAGAACGCCGAGGCGGUCGAGAGCUGGACCACCUCCUUUUACCGCCGCUCCGCCCAUUGGGGCGACGCCGUGGGCGGGGGCGCGGUCCCGAGGGCAGGCGGCGGCGGCGACGGCGACGGCGACGGGGAGGACGAAGAGAUCCGGUGGUGCGAGCAGCGGCUCGAGAGGGAGGACGCCGUGCCCUACGACCGCGACUUCGACAGGGAUCCCGUGCUUGUCGGUGGCGCUGCCAAGGAUUGGAAUAAAUGCUACGUAGGAUGCGAAUUUGGUUUUUCUGCGAGUAAGACACCUGAUGCUACUUUUGGAAUUGCACCAGAUCCUUCUGUAGAUGGUAUCCUUAGAUCAAUGGAAUCAUCUCAAUAUUAUUCAGAGAAUAAUAUUGAUGUGGCUCGAGGGAGAGGGUACAAGAUUGUGAUGAUAACCAGCCUUUCUUCAGAUGUACCAGUUGGCUACUUUUCAUGGGCUGAAUAUGAUAUCAUGGCACCUGUGCCUCCAAAGACUGAAGAAGCUCUUGCUGCAGCCUUUAUUUCUAACUGUGGUGCACGGAACUUUCGUUUGCAAGCCCUUGAGAUGCUUGAAAAUUUGGAUGUCAAAAUAGAUUCAUAUGGUAGUUGUCAUCGUAACCGUGAUGGCAAAGUGGACAAAGUGGACACUUUGAAGCGCUACAGAUUCAGCUUGGCAUUUGAGAAUUCUAAUGAGGAGGAUUACGUAACAGAGAAGUUUUUUCAGUCACUGGUAGCAGGUUCUAUUCCAGUUGUUGUUGGCGCUCCAAAUAUUCAAGAGUUUUCUCCGGGAGAAGGCGCAAUAUUACAUAUUAAGGAGCUUGAUGAUGUUGCUUCGGUUGCUAAAACAAUGAAAAAUAUUGCUUCAAAUCCUGAUGCCUUCAAUCAAUCUUUGAGGUGGAAGUAUGAUGGUCCAUCUGAUUCUUUCAAAGCUCUUAUUGACAUGGCAGCAGUUCAUUCAUCUUGUCGUCUUUGUAUACAUAUUGCUACCAAGAUCCAUUUAAAGGAGGAAAGGACUCCAAAAUUUGCAAAUCGUCCUUGUAGCUGUUCCAGCAAGAAGGGAACAGUUUACCACUUAUUUAUCCGAGAGAGGGGGCGGUUUAAGUCAGAGAGCAUUUAUAUGAGAUCAGGCCAGUUAACACUGGGAGCCUUGGAAUCUGCAGUGCUCGGUAAAUUUAGGUCCCUCAACCACGUUCCUGGGACGAUGUCGAUGCCUCAACAUCAGCUAGUCAGGUACCUAUACUUCAAACACCGCACCUACCUCGCCAUCUCGGUGCGCUUGCGCUGGGCGUCCUGA